GUACAUUGGCAAAGACUAAAUUCACAAAGAGGCCAGCACAAAACGAAGAUGUGGAGACAGCAAGAAAGGAAAAACGUGAGGGGCAAAAGAAAGUGGAGUAUAGCGGAAAAAGGAAGAAAGGAGCAAGCAAAGAAUCGGCUCCGAAAUGGUCAGAGGCUGCUGAGCAGAACAUGGACGACUCGGUGAUCCCAAGACCUUAUGGAGUCCAAGAGCGCAUCCGUAUCUUGUGGAGGAUGCAGUUCAUGUCAAUGCGCUAUCCACAUCCAGAAACCAUAAGGGCAUUGGGAAUAGAGGAAGAUGUGGAGGACAUUUUCUACUACACCGAGCUUGGCGAGUUCAUGAAGAUGGCUCUACCGGCGUACAGAGAACCAGCGAUACAGUUCCUUGCAUCCUUGAAGCUCACUAAACAUCCUCAAGAAGCAGCUGCUGAGCUCAAGAGAGAUGGAAUUGGAUUCAUUACCUUCACGCUCUUGGGACAAGAGUAUCGGUUCAGCAUGUGUGUGCCAGGAACAGAGCUAGUUAGCCUUUGGGGAAUGAUAAGUUCGAGACCCUAUCAAAUCUCCAAGAACAAGACCAGUCACAUCAAGAACCUGGCCAUCCGCUACGCUCAUAAGGCGAUCACUCACACUCUCUUUGCAAGACACGAGCGUGCAAACGUCACCAAGCAAGAGCUUGAGCUGCUUGACACCGGCAUAAUCCAGAAGCUUGAAACUCUGGACAACGGGGAAGAGAUGCAAGGAGACUUGAAGCACACGAGCAAAGCUGUUGUGAUGAUCAACUCCUUCAAGCAAAUAAUGAGGAACGCGGAGCUCUCCUAUGAACAAGGCAAGAUCAACGAGGCACACUUGGAUAUUGGAAUCUUGAUCACUCCGAUUCUGCUCGCAACCAAAGUCAAGUUACCACAGUCAAGUCAUCCACCCACGUUCAUGUAUAUCGCCUACCUCAACAAGACUUGGUUCCUGAGGGUGAUGCACAACGGGAAGCACAUCUAUUGCUUUGAGCAUCUUACCUUUGGCAUCUCGAAAGUCCUCUUACCAAACGUCGAGCUCACGAGCAACAAAAGCCGAGGAGGAAUCUUGUUCCUCCCCACAGCCGAUCAGUUGUUCAUCGAUAGAGGUGAUGCCACAGUUAACGAAGAGCAAGGGCAAGAGGAAGGCGAGCCUUCGGAGAGACGAGCAAGCGAGUUUGGUAAAUUUGACUUCACCCCUUACAACGCAAGUGGAAGCACUCCGGCCAUCACCAAAGCACAUGUGCACAUUGGGAUGCUUCAAAGGUGGUGCAAGAAACAGGACGAGAUGAUUAAGAAGCUCACCGAGACAGUGAAUGCCCUGAAGGACAAACUCUCGUGCACAUCGCCAAAGGCAACCAAGACCGCGGAGCCUGCAUUGAGGAGAAGCAAGCGCAAAAGGAAAACCGAUUGA